GGUGACACAGGGACCUCACCAUGGUCUCCCUACCGUUCCUCUGCGUGCUGCUCAGCCUGCGGGGCUCCCUGGCUGAAGUCUUCUUGGGCCCUGAGCAGGCGCAGCAUGUCCUACGCAGGCAGCGGCGUGCCAACUCCUUCCUGGAGGAGGCGCUGUUUAGCCCUUCGCUGGAGCGCGAGUGCAAGGAGGAGGCCUGCUCUUUCGAAGAGGCCCGUGAGAUCUUCGGGAGUACCGACCGCACGAGGCAGUUCUGGAAGACAUACAUUGAUGGGGACCAGUGCGCCUCAAACCCAUGCCAGAAUGGAGGCACCUGCGACGAGCAGUUCCAGUCUUAUAUCUGCCUCUGCCCGGACAACUUCGAGGGCCGGAAUUGCGAGAAGAAUAUGAAGGACCAGCUGAUAUGCGCGAACGACAAUGGCGGCUGCCAGCAGUACUGCGCUGACCACGUGAAUUUACAGCGCUCCUGUUCAUGCCACAUGGGUUACAUGCUGCAGCCUGACGGGGUGUCCUGUAAACCCAUAGUCCAAUAUCCGUGUGGAAAAAUACCGGUGGUGGAGAAAAGGCAAAAGUCCCCUGAAGGCAGAAUCGUGGGGGGCACAGAGUGCCCCAGAGGAGAAUGUCCCUGGCAGGCUAUGCUGAAGGUGCAAGGGAGGCUGCUGUGUGGAGGAACCCUGCUGAGUGCCUACUGGGUAGUCACCGCCGCCCACUGCUUUGACCAAAUUGGGCACGGGAAGAACUUUUCAGUGGUGGUGGGCAAGCACGACAUGAAUAAGAAGGAAGAGGAGGAGCAGGAGCAGCUAGUAACCCGGGUCAUCAUCCCUGACAAGUAUGUGCAGGGCAUCCCGGACCACGACGUGGCGCUGGUGUUGCUGGCUGAGCCCGUGGUGCUGUCGGAUAUGGUGGUGCCACUGUGCCUGCCCAACCGUGACUUCGCCGAGCAGACCCUGUUCCUCAAGCGCUACUCAACCGUGAGUGGCUGGGGCCAGCUGCUGCACGGCGGAGCCACGGCGCGGGUGCUCAUGAGCAUCCAGGUGCCACGCUUCACGACCCAGGACUGUGAGAGGCUGUCCCGGCGCCAGCCAGGCGGCCCCAAGAUCACCGAAAACAUGUUCUGUGCCGGCUACCUGGACAACAGCAAGGACGCCUGCAAGGGGGACAGCGGUGGCCCCCAUGCCACCUACUUCCAGGGCACUUGGUACCUGACAGGUAUUGUUAGCUGGGGCCACGGCUGUGCCGCCUACGGCCAAGUUGGGAUCUACACCCGGGUGUCCCGCUACACCGAGUGGCUCAACCACAUUAUGUACUCUGACUUUCACGUGCACCAGGGCCCCAAGUUCCAGAAAAAGGAGCUGUUGCUCUAGUGCCCGCCCAGCCCCUGCCCUGUCCAAUAAAGCAGAAGCUGCCAGCAGUCCUGGUGUCCAGCCUGGAGGAAGCACGG